AUGGAGGUGGAGGUACGAGAAGAGGCGUCCGUAGGACGCUCCACGGGAGACUCCACCAAACUGGUCAACAACACACCCACCUACGCGGGGGCAGAUGCACCAGUUAUCAUAGUCCGUGUCGAGGAAGUGCUGCUCGUGGUCCUGGUGCUCAUCAUUUGGGUGGCGGCCAUCGCCCUCUUCUUCAACCGCUGGGGCAAGAUCCGCAUGUUGGAGCCCUACCAGCCGAAGUUCCACCAGCAGCCGCACCGCCCCUCUUGCCCGCUGGCCCCCCUUAGCCCCCCCGGCUUGCCCAACCAAGUGAGCCUCAACAACACAUUACCAAGGACUCAGAAACCGACCACUGCAAGAAUGUCGUUCUCGAAGUACAACGUCAACGCCUUGACAGACCCCCUUUCGGCCCUUCCAUCGCCCAUCAUCCGCCGACCCCGUCAGAACUCGGUGUUCGUGGGCAGCUCCACCAUAGCCAUGCUGAACCCGCCCCCGCGACGGGUGAAGUCCGCCAUCGACAUCCAGCAUCUCGUGGUUAACGAGCACAGUCCCACAGCAUCACUUACAGGUAAUAAGAAAUGAUCCAUCAUCCCCAUCCUCAACAAGGAACGCAGACCGUCGCUGAUCACCAUCGAGAGGCCCUACUACGUCUCUCGCCACCGGCCUUCCAUCACCAUCGACAGACCUCUCAUCCCCCACCACCAGUUCCGGACCCGGAGGUCCUCCUGUUUCGUGGAGAGACCGCAGAGCCGGCACCGGAACUUCAUCAGCUUCGAUGCACCGGGAAGGAAGACGCCUCCCAUAUCCGAACGGCCUUCAUGCAGCUACCACCCCACCAUCAGCUUCGAAACUCCUUUGGAGGUCUCAGAGACCAACGAGUGCACCGGCGCGAAGCCCAAGAUAUCGCGCAGCUUCGAACAACCCCACAGGGACAAGCCGAAGCCGGAAAGGAUGGCCAACAGUUUGGACGUGAGCUUCAGCUUCGACAGGAGGUGUUCUAUACCGGAAGAGGACAGGUCUUCUCCGAUUUUCAUUAAUUUGGACGAGAGUAGGAUCACGGCGCCUCUGCUGGAGGGGUUGAAGAGUUCGGAUGUGUGAUAAAUGUUACGUUUGUGUUUCGUUUCUGAUCUAUUUUUGUAUUUUGUAUCGUAGCAAGUUCAUUGGUGCUUCACCUUUCUAUUAAAGUGUAGUGUUUUGUUGUUGGUAACCAACAUGUAACUGCAUCCCCUUGGUAGAGGAAAAAUAGAUACAGCCUUUUUAAAAGUAGUAGUCAAAAGACGAUAGCACUGUACUAUUUUUCCUUCACCAAACCGGAGUUUUUGUAAUAGGUGAAAUUUCAAAGCACAAAACUAUGAUUUCCCUUUGCUCAAAACUAUCUUCACCAGUUACGAAGAAUUUAUACAAAGAUGUAUCUAGCAUGCCUUCAUGAAACCUCUAAAAAACGAAAAGCUUUAAAAUCUGUUCGUGAGUAACGUCGUGGUAACGUCAAAUAAUUAUAGAGUAAAUAUUUAGCAUAUCAUAUUUAAUCUUAACCAAAAAAGAGAGUAUUAAUAAACUAAAUACUGUUAAUUCAAUUUUCU